CUUUCACAGAUAGGCGUGCCUGUAGCCGAGGCCAAAUUAUUGGAGGCCACAACGCUCUCCUGAGCGUAACAAGCCUGUGAAAUCAUGUCAGGUAGAAAUAAGAACCUGAAGAAUUUGACUUUGCCUUCUACUGUUGCAGCCACAGAACCCCCUGAGACAACCACUCCUGGAGCUGCAGAUGCUGUGGAGAAGCCGAGCACCAAUGUCGGUGACAAAUAUUUUGAGGAUCUUCAGAGAAAGUUGGAAGAACUGGAGAUGGAUGACACUCAGCGGGAGAGGAUGCAGAGUUUCAUGUCGAUGAAGCAAAAAGCGGGUGAUUUGAAUGCGGAAGACUUUGAAAAGCUUGGUGAACUCGGAGCAGGAAAUGGAGGGGUCGUCAUAAAAGUCAAGCACAAGCCAACUGGUCUCAUCAUGGCCAGAAAACUGAUUCAUCUUGAGGUGAAGCCAGCAAUAAGGUGUCAAAUCAUCCGUGAGCUCAAAGUCCUCCAUGAGUGCAAUUCCCCACACAUUGUUGGGUUUUAUGGUGCAUUUUACAGUGAUGGCGAGAUCAGUAUUUGCAUGGAGUACAUGGAUGGGGGCUCCCUUGAUCUCAUCCUUAAGAAAGCAGUGCGCAUCCCUGAGCCAGUCCUGGCCAAAAUCACCUCGAAUGUUCUUAAGGGACUGAAUUACCUACGAGAGAAGCACCAGAUCAUCCACAGGGAUGUAAAACCAAGUAACAUCCUGGUCAACUCAAGAGGAGAGAUCAAGAUUUGCGAUUUUGGUGUCUCAGGACAGCUCAUUGAUUCCAUGGCAAAUUCCUUUGUUGGCACAAGGUCCUACAUGUCGGUAUGGGGUGUCUCCUUGCAGUAUUUGGCCAUGUUUCCUUUUGGUGUGCAUUCUCACAGUGGUCAGGUAUGGAUGUUUCAGCCAGAGAGACUUCAAGGUACUAACUACAGCGUUCAGAGUGAUAUUUGGUCCCUGGGACUGAGUUUGGUGGAGAUGGCCAUUGGGACAUAUCCCAUCCCACCACCGGACCCUGAAACCCUGGCUCAGAUCUUUGGUCCUAAGUUCAAAGAGUAUCCAGAUAACAUGAACCAGCCCACACCCUCAACCCGGUCCCCCAGAUCUAGUCAGUUCGGGUGUGCACCAGUGAAUGAUCCAAGACCAAUGGCCAUUUUUGAACUUCUGGACUACAUUGUGAAUGAGCCACCACCAAAGUUGCCCUCUGGGGUCUUCUCACCUGAGUUCAAGGCCUUUGUAGAUGGAUGCUUGAAGAAGAAUCCUGCUGAGAGACCCGACCUCAAAUCCCUUAUGAUGCACCCCUGGGUCAAGAAUUCAGUGGCACUAAAUGAGGUGGACAUGGUGAUCUGGGUGCGCUCCAUGAUGAACAUUCCUCAAUCCUCUGUCUGAGAGACUCUGUGAUGACAUGUCUCUAUGCUGCCCUCUUCCUUCUCCACAUAAUUGGCACUGCAAUCGCAGUCAUGCAUUGUGUAUCUCAACUACUGUUGUGAUUGUGAUACGUGUGGGGUCGGUUGGAUGAGACAGUCAAGGUUGUGAGAAGCACAGUCUCUCUUCGUGAUUUUUUAAGUAUUGAUAGCUCUCUUUCAUCAACUUGUUUUAUAGCAAGAAGGGAGACAAUAAUGCUUAUAGUUGUGGUGUAGGUUGAAGCAGGGACUUAUGCAGUACUUGAUUGAUAGGAAUAUUGAUACCCAGCACUUUAUCGGUUUGAUAAUAUUGCGGAAUCAAUUCAUGCAUUAUUACCACAAUAUUAUAAGCUUCCUGCUUUCUGAUCUCGCUUGUCACUGAUGUCUGGAUUCUGCAUGAUUUGCCAAGUCUAGAACAUCAUUGACAAAGUUCUACCUGUUGUUGAAUAAAUUUUUUUUGCUAGGCAAGGUAGGCUUUUUGGCGUUGAAAUGUGCCAUUGCUUAAAAUGUCCACAGUCUUCAUAGAGCCAGCUAGGGAUUCUGUUGCUCUAUACUGGUGGAAUUUUCCAUCAAAAUUCUGGUCCUCUUGAGUCUGGACUGAGGAAUGUCUUUUCCAGUUUCAAAUUUGAAUUUUCUGAAUUUCAAGUUCCAUUAUGCUUAUAUAGUAAUCUUGAUAAGUGAGCCUAUUAUCACACAGAAGACAAUGUCUCUGCUGUUCCCUUACUGAUGAGGGACCAAGUCCCACAGUCCUUGUAGCUUUUCAAUUGCUUUUUGGCAUGAAAUGACGUAGGUGUUCCUCACAUUCCAUCAGGAAAGCAUAUUUCCUUCUUCCCUCUUUUCUUAUAUCACAUGGAUUGAGGUUCAGAUUACACUUUCCCGCAGAGGAUCAUUAUUGGCAUUGUAUUUUUUAUAAAGGCAAUAGUGGAAUCAGAAUCACAUAUUGGAUAGCAAAAACUUUUCAGUAGUGCUGUUUUUGUUACAUGCAAAUCAGAUAUGGGAUAUGCAUCUCUGCAUUGGUGUUAGAUGUUGUUGAAACUCAUGCAAAUUAUGCUUCAAACUUUAUUGACACUCCUGUA